AUGUACAGGCGCAGCUACGUCUUCCAGACCUGUAAAGAGCAGUAUGAGCGCACCGCAGAGUCGUCCGACUGCCAUGCGGAGGGCUCAGCCAAGGUGCCCAACCUGGAGGUGCUGCUGGAGCUCAGCGAGCGUGUGGCCUCCCACGUUGAGCGGGCCCGAACGCUGGAGCAGCGCCAUGGCGUCCUCCGGCGGCAGCUGGACGCCUUUCAGCGCCUGGGCGAUCUGUCCUGUCCAGCGGAUGCCCUCAUCCGCCAAGUCGAAGGCAACCGCCAGCGCGUCCGAGACCUGGUGGCUGAGCGCGCCCGACUGGAGCACCAGGCUGCAGAGGCGCAGCGCGAGCUUGACGAGUACCGUAGCAAGUAUGAAAAUGAAUGCGAAUGUCAACUGCUGCUAAAGGAAAUGCUUGAGCGUCUUAACAAGGAAGCUGAUGAAGUCUUAUUGCAUAAUCUGCACCUUCAGAUUGAAGCCCAGUUUCUGCAGGAUGAUAUCUGUGCAGCAAAGGACAGGUACAAAAAGAAUCUUCUGGAAAUUCAGACCUAUGUCAGUAUUCUGCAGCAGAUCAUCCAGACUACCCCUCAAGCAUCUGCCAUUAAAGGUGGAAUGAGAGAGGAGAAGCUCCUGAUGGAACGAGAGGCGGCUGCCCUGCAGGGUCAGCUGGAGGAGGCCCGGGGGGUACUGUCUCUCCUGCAGGCACAGAGAACAGAGCUGCAGGCCCAGACAGCAACCCUGGAACAAGCUAUUAAAGAUGUUUACGCGUGUUAUGAAGAUGAGAUUCAGCUGUAUAACGAACAGAUAGAAACCCUGCAGAAGGAGAUUGAACAGACUGAGGAGAGCCUGGAGAAGUCUUCCUAUGACUGCCGGCAGCUGGUGGUUGCCCAGCAAACCCUGAAGAAUGAGCUGGACCGGUUUCAUCGGAUCAUUGAGAAUGAAGGCAACAGGCUGAGCGCCAUCUUCAUGGAAACACCUGUCACUCUGUUCACAGACUGUGGAAUCUCUCUGGGCCCUCGACCCAGCGGGAAAGAUCUUGCCACAGCUGUGCAGGAUAUAACAACAGCAACACCAAGACAAAAAGGCCUCCCCAAGAACGUUCCAAGGAAAAAAGAGAUUAUCGCUAAAGAUAAAGCAGAUGAAAGUUUGGAAUAUGCACCACUGAAAGGUCUGGAAGACACAAAGCUGGUACAGGUAGUAGUUAGAGAAGGAGGACAAUCUAAGCUUGAACCAGGGGAUAACAAAGCAAGUCCCGCCACCCCAGAAGGGGCUCCAGGGGACAUGCCAGAUGGAGGGCAGAUAAGCAAAGCUUUUGGGGAGCUCUGCAGGACAGUCAAGGAGAGAGUGAGAAGCCUCAAGGAGCCCGAGCCCCCAGCUGACCUCUACGCCAAAGGGCGGUACGUGCUGGUCAUUGGGGAUGCCAAUUAUAUGGACCCUGGAUUCCGUUCCUUGUCUGUCCCGACCAGGUGUCAAGUAGUUGUUUCCACUGAGGAUGACUCUCUGCAUCAUGACAGUGCUGUGGAGCCCUCUCCCGAGCAGCCCCAGCCCCCUCCAGAGAAUGGACAGGGGAGUCCACAGGGGAGAGAAGAUGGACACCCACCCAGUCAGCGUAUUGCAGACAAUGAGAUAAACACUGAAGAAAUGAAAGGUCCUGGGUUCAAGCAUGUUGGCCAGAAGAAGGAGAAUGGGCCCAGGAGGCCUUGUGUCGUGGUCAUACCUGGUCCAGAGGGACCAUCUGCACCUCCAUUGCAAAGGCCUGGAGCCAGUCAGGGUAGAGCUGAGAGUCAGGGGGAUAGGAGUGGCACCCUGCAAGAGAGAAGCCCUCCCAGGACUUUGGCAUAUGAGAAGGUGGAAAUGAUGGAAUCCAUUGAGAAGUUUUCAGCUGAGAACAUUCAGACAUAUGAAGAAACCACUGUAAUUCUGGAGACCAUGACUGGAAAGACAAAGGCAAACAGGAAGGACCUGGGAGACCAGGGCUCUCACAAUGCCUAG